AUGGAGGUUGAGGUCAAGCUUAGGCUCCCAGACGCCGCCGCCCACCGCCAAGUCACCACCCUACUCGCGCCGUUCCACGUCAGCACACACCGGCAAGAGAAUCUCUUCUUCGACGGCUCCAAAGCCGAGCUCUCGGCUCGCCGAGCAGCCCUCCGCCUUCGCUUCUCGGACCGAGCCCCUCUGUGCGCCGUGACCCUCAAGGCGCGAGCCGUAUUGGUCGACGGCGUCAGCCGAGUCGAGGAGGACGAGGAGGAGCUUGACCACUCGAUCGGUCGAGCCUGCGCUGACCAGCCGGAUAAGCUGAUGUCGGCGGAGUCUAGGGUUUUUAGUAGGGUGAGAGAGGAAUUUGGGGUUUUGGGGUUUGUGGGGUUGGGAGGGUUCAGGAAUGUGAGGGAUGUGUAUGAUUGGAAAGGCUUGAAAUUAGAGGUGGAUGAGACAAAGUAUGAGUUUGGUACUUGUUAUGAGAUUGAGUGUGAGAGUGCAGACCCUGAAGGGGUCAAGGAGGUGCUUGAGGGCUUCUUGAAGGAAAAUGGGGUUCAGUAUUCCUACUCGGAAACAUCAAAGUUUGCGAUUUUUCGGGCUGGCAAGCUGCCCCUUAGUGAGUGA